UCUUGGUCAGGCGAAGCCCACGACGUUGACAUGCCGGAGAUCCGCCUCCGCCAUGUGGUAUCCUGCAGUAGCCAGGACUCGACCUACUGUGCAGAAAACCUUCUCAAGGCAGACACUUACCGAAAGUGGCGGGCAGCCAAGGCGGGCGAGAAGACCAUCUCUGUGGUGCUCCAGUUAGAGAAGGAAGAGCAGAUACACAGCGUGGACAUCGGGAAUGACGGCUCGGCCUUUGUGGAGGUGCUGGUGGGCAGCUCAGCCGGAGGGGCCGGGGAGCAGGACUACGAGGUCCUUCUGGUCACCUCGUCUUUCAUGUCCCCUUCCGAGAGUCGCAGUGGCUCAAAUUCCAACCGCGUUCGCAUUUUUGGGCCUGACAAGUUGGUCCGGGCAGCAGCAGAGAAGCGCUGGGACCGCGUCAAAAUUGUCUGCAGCCAGCCCUACAGCAAGGAUGCCCCCUAUGGCCUGAGUUUUGUAAGGUUUCACAGCCCCCCAGACAAAGAGGAGGCCGAGGCCUCAUCCCAGAAAGUGACCAAGCUCGGCCAGUUCCGCGUGAAGGAGGAGGAUGAGAGCGCCAGCUCCCUGAGACCCGGGGCUCUCUUCAGCCGGAUCAACAAGACCCCCCCAGUCGCAGCCAGUGACCCAGCAGGACCCAGCUAUGCAGCUGCUACACUGCAGGCCUCCAGUGCAGCCUCCUCUGCCUCUCCGGCCUCCAAGACAGUAGGUAGCACCUCCAAGCCUCAGGAGUCCCCCAGAGGCAAGAGGAAGCUGGAUUUGAGCCACGAAGAAAAGAAGACCCCCAGCAAACCGUCCACCCAGCCCUCACCACCCGCCCUCAAGAGACCCAAAUUGCCAGCUCCCACCCCUACCCCGGCCACUGCCCCUGUCCCUGCCGCAGCAAGGGGGGCGGCGCCAGGGAAGCUCCGAGGAGAAGGCGCUGAGCCCAGGGCCCCCCGCACAGGCCCGCAGGAGCUGGGGAAGAUCCUCCAGGGUGUGGUGGUGGUGCUGAGCGGCUUCCAGAACCCCUUCCGCUCGGAGCUCCGGGACAAGGCCCUGGAGCUGGGGGCCAAGUAUCGGCCAGACUGGACUCCAGACAGCACCCACCUCAUCUGCGCCUUUGCCAACACCCCCAAGUACAGCCAGGUCCUAGGCCUCGGAGGCCGAAUCGUGCGGAAAGAGCGGGUGCUGGACUGUCACCGCAUGCGGCGGCGGCUGCCCUCUCGGAGGUACCUCAUGGCUGGGCCAGACUCGAGCAGCGAGGACGAGGGGGGCUGUCAUGGCGGCAGCAGUGGGGAUGAAGCCCCCAAGCCUCCCCGAAAGCGCCCCCAGACCAAAGCCAAGCCAUCUCAGGCAGCAGGACCUAGCUCACCCCAGAGACCCCCAACCCCAGAAGAGACCAAACUACCCUCACCAAGGCCCCAGGAAGAUACUGACACCAAGGGGGAGCAGUCAGAAGGACAGGACAAUGGGGCAGAAGAUUCUGGGGACACCGAGGAUGAGCUGAGAAGGGUGGCUGAGCAGAAGGAACAAAGGCCGCCCUCUGGCGAGAAUGGCAAGGACCCGUACGCAGGAUCCACGGAUGAGAACACGGACAAUGAAGGUCCCCCGGAGUCUCCCAAUCUGCCGAUUCCCGAGCUCCCAGACUUUUUCCAGGGCAAACACUUCUUUCUGUACGGAGAGUUCCCGGGGGACGAGCGGCGGACGCUCAGCCGUUAUGUCACAGCCUUCAACGGGGAGCUUGAGGACUAUAUGAGCGACCGGGUACAGUUUGUGAUCACGGCACAGGAGUGGGACCCCAGCUUUGAGGAGGCCUUGAUGGACAACCCCUCCUUGGUGUUCGUCCGUCCCCGCUGGAUCUACAGUUGCAACGAGAAGCAGAAGUUACUUCCCCACCAGCUCUAUGGGGUGGUGCCCCAGGCAUGA